AUGGGAAUUAAAAAGAAACGGCAGAGCAAAAGAUUGACCACAAGGAAGAGGGAGAGCAUGCUGAAGAGAGCAAGAAUCAAUGAGAGAAAGAAAAGGAGGUUGAAUAGGAAGAUGCAGAAGAAGAUGGAAAAGGUUCCUCCAUCUGUUCUAAGAACGGAUGAGGAAAACAUGCAGUAUGCGGAGAUAAAAAGAAUGGCAAAACUUCGAAAGAUUGAGUAUGAUGAGGCCUUGAAGAAUUCUGAAAGAAGAGAGAGCUACUUGGAAGAGAUGAUGAGCAUGGUAUCUAAAAGUGAUGUAGUGUUCGAGGUUAUUGACGCUCGGGACCCCGAUUCCAGUAGAAAUAGCGAGGCAGAAAAGAUUGUCUCUGAUCAUGGAAAGAAGCUUGUUAUGGUUUUAAAUUAUACUCAGUAUGUCCCUAGAGGUGUGGUUAAUGAAUGGAAGGACUAUUUGAAAAAAGAUGGGAAGAUAUGUGUUGAGCUAAUGGAAGGAGAGAUAGAAUGGAUUGGAAAAGAAACGAGGAUAGGGAUAUUUGGGAACCCUAGGUCUGGGAAGAACUCUGUUCUCCAAAGAAUUACCAAGGCACUGGGAGAAAAACCAAGAUUUACAAUAGUUUCUGUUCCGCCAAGCAAGAUCACAUUAUCAAAUGUCCUUAGAGGAUGUCAUGAGCUCGUCGGGAUGCCGUUCAGAAGCUACAUCGAUGUGGUUGUUGAAAGAAUUGAUAGGAGCGAAAUCUCUCUCCGGCAUGGAAUACCCGAAUUUAGCAGCACUGAAGAGCUUCUGGAAAGCAUUUGCGACGAGAAUGGGAUUGAUGGAAGUAGCAAGUGUGUGCGGCACAUGAAGGCCUGUGAAAGGUUUCUAGAAGAUUUUUCCCAGCAUAAAAUCCUUUUCUGGAGAGGCGUCAAUGAUGGUGAAAAUGACCUGUCGUUUGCCUUUCCUUCAUAA